AUGAGUGGUGCAAUGAAAAAAUACGUCCUUUGGUUUGCCCAAGAGCACGUAGACUUCCGACAGGCGGAAAUUGCUUCCUUGAUGCGUAUAUGGAACAUUCAAAUGGAUACAUCAGCUGAUCAUAACCCGGAACGACCGUUUUGGGUAGUGGGAAUGGCGAACGACGAUGCAGCCCGUAAGCUGGCCUCACGAUCAAUGUCGCUUCGAUGCAUUUUUGAGCUGUGGGCACAUUCCAACCAGGGUUUAACAAACUUCCACGCUACACUUGACAACUACAUCGAAACAAACCGCAAAUCCCUUGCGAAUCAUUUUGCUGCAAAGAACUCAUUUAAGAUAACCGUUGAAACAUACAACAAACACUUCAGCCAGAAGGAAAAGGUCGCUAAAAUCGAAACCAUGCAGUAUCUCCCGGUGGAAGGGCCUGUAAAUCUGAAGACGCCGGAUAUACAUUACUGGUAUAUUGAGUUUUGGGGAUUGGAUCCAAUGAAUGUUCCGGAACAACCGCACGAUGUUCUGUUCGGUCGCUGGAUAGCGGAUGGGAAGCGUGAUAUGAUAAAUGAAAUAUCGCUGAAGCAUCGUAAAUUUAUCGGGAACACCUCAAUGGACCCGCAACUGUCAUUACUGAUGGCAAACCAAGCACUCGUUCGAAGCGGCGAUUUGGUGUUGGAUCCGUUUGCGGGAUCCGGUUCGUUACUCGUUGCCGCGGCAAAGUUUGGCGCGUACGUAGUCGGAGCCGACAUCGAUUACAUGAUCGUACAUGGGAAAUCGAAACCAACGCGAGUAAAUCAGAAGGUCAGAGAGGAAGAUGAAAGUAUCUAUGCUAACCUGCAGCAGUACAGUUGCGGAGGAUUGUUCGUUGAUGUACUAAUAGCGGACUUUUCGCGAAGCAUCUGGGCAGAAAAUAUGGUCUUUGACAGUAUUAUCACAGAUCCUCCCUAUGGCAUUCGUGAGGCUACGGAGAGAAUUGAGUUUAAGGCUCAGCGUAAAACGACUGUGAUGACGGAGGAUGCAGUGCACUAUCCGUCUACCUCGCCGUAUCAGCUGUGUGAGAUGUAUAAGGAUUUGCUACAAUUUUCGGCUCGUCAUCUAAAGCUUGGUGGUCGGUUGGUUUGCUGGUUUCCUAUGUUGAGAAAGGAUCAAGAUUCUGACGUAGUGCCUCGUCACAAGUGCCUGCAGUUGGUAGCCAAAUCCGAACAACCACUGUCGGGGUACAGUUCCCGACGAUUAUUAACUUAUGAGAAGGUAUCCGAUAGUGAAGCAGAACUCAAUGCUUUCGAAAUGCCAGAUACAGUGGUGCACAAUUUUCGCCAGCGCUACUUCACCCAGCUGGCUGAGGAUAAUGGAACGCGCAAAGAGCGGCGUUUAGCGUUGCGUGAGGUUGGUAGGGAAGAGGCAAAGAAACGAGGCAAACAACAGCAACCGGAUGGUAAAUGGCGCUACACGCAAGAAACACCGGAUGCAAAUUAG